CCCAAUGGAGAUUAAUAAUUCUACAAGCCCAGCAAAAAUCAAUGUCAUUUCCCAUCUCAUAGGUUUUCCAAAAAAGUUGAAGGACAAAGCUAUUGAAAUUGUGAAAAAAACAAAGAAAAUUGGAAAAGAUGAUCCAAGAAAAAUUUGGCAUGCAUUUAAAGUGGGAUUAGCUCUCACUUUAAUUUCAUUGUUUUACUAUUAUAGGCCUCUUUAUGAUGGCUUUGGACAAUCAGCAAUUUGGGCUGUUUUAACUGUGGUGGUUGUUUUUGAAUUCACAGCAGGUGCAACUUUAUGCAAGUGUUUAAACAGAGGUUUUGCCACGUUGACCGCUGGGGCAUUAGGUGUUGGAGCAAAAUAUUUUGCUGACUUGUUUGGAAAAGAAGGGGAGCCCAUUGUUCUGGGGUUUUUGGUCUUUACACUAGGUGCACUAGGUACAUUUACAAGAUUUUUCCCCCAUAUGAAGAGGAGAUAUGACUAUGGAAUUUUGAUUUUUGUGUUGACCUUCAGUAUGGUCACCGUAUCUGGUUACCGUGUGGAUAAAAUAUUGGAACUGGCUCAUCAACGUCUGUCCACCAUUCUUAUUGGGGCUGCCACGUGCAUGAUCAUUUCCUUGGUUGUUUGUCCUGUUUGGGCUGGUGAAGAUCUUCACAAACUUGUUUCUAGUAAUCUUGAAAAGCUUGCAACCUUCUUAGGAGGUUUUGGAAGUGAAUAUUUCAGCUUUUCAGAGAUUGAUGAAAGUGGAAAGGCCUGUAAGGAAGACAAGGGAUUCCUUGGAGCCUAUAAAGCCGUCCUUAAUUCUAAGGCCAAUGAGGAAUCUUUGGCAAACUUUGCAUGGUGGGAGCCUGGUCAUGGGUCUUUUAGACUUCGUCAUCCAUGGAAGCAGUAUUUGAAGAUUGGUGUCCUUUCCAGAGAAUGUGCCUGCCAUCUUCAAGCACUUAGUGGCUACUUUAAUUCCAAGCCUCAGGCACCAACAGAGUUCCACAAAAGAAUAGAAGAAGCAUGCACAAAAAUGAGCAUAGAAUCAAGUAAAGCCCUAAAAGAACUAGCUUCUUCCAUCAAAACCAUGACACAACCGUCGUCCUCCGCCGCAGAAACCCACCUCCGCCACUCGAAAGCCGCCAUCGACGACUUUAAAUCCAUACUAGCCCCCACUGAAACCCUAUUACUCUCUAGCAAAUUAGACCUUCUUGAAAUAUUCCCAGCUAUAACGGUUGCAUCCAUACUCAUUGACGUUAUCAAUUGUGUUGACAAAAUCUCGGAGGCAGUAGAGGAUCUUUCGGUUCAAGCACAUUUCAAGAAAGAAAAGAAUAAAAAUAAGGAAUCUUCUUCGUCACCGGAGAAACCGCCACCUCAGCAGCACCUCCUCCACCGUGGAAUCGUGAAGCCCGUCGUCGACGUGGACGACGUUGAGGGUGGUGAUUCUGUUGUGAUUGAGAUAUGCGGUGGUGGCGCCGCGGCAGCGGUGGUGGAAGAGCAAAUAGUGCGAGUGUAAAUAUUUUUGCUAGCUAACAAUAGUUAGCGUAG